AUGGUGAGAGUUGGUGAAGCAUUGAGUGUAUCAACCUCAACAGCAUCAUCGAUCUACGAAAGCGAAGAAGCAGAUGAGCUUCGAAAGAUGCCAUUGGAACCACCGAGGAUUAAGACCAAGAAACGUCUCUCGAAGCAACUCUCCAUGUUGGAGACACGAAGAGACAUCGCGUGGGAGCGUAAGCGUCGCCAUAUGCUCCAUCAAAUAAACGAAGGAGGAGAUGACUUAACGGACGAGGACUUGAGUGAGCUCAAAGGAUCUAUUGAGUUAGGGUUUGGUUUUAACGAGGAGCAAGGCCAACAACUUACAACUACAUUGCCUGCAUUGGAUCUUUACUUUGCGGUGAACCGUCAGAUAUCGCCGGUUUCUACUCCAGGCAGCAGUGGAUCUUCCUCUUCCCGACCUACUUCCCUUGGAGACCGAUCCUCCUCGUUUGGUAGUCCUAUAAGCGACUCAGAUAGUUUGAGAUUGAUGUCUCCAGGAGAUAAUCCUCAACAGGUAAAAAUGAGGCUGAGGCAUUGGGCACAAGCUGUGGCGUGUUCUGUCAUGCAAACUUACAAUUAA